AUGCACGACCCAGUCAAGACACCACCCACUGUUGUGCUGGACAAUCUUACCACUGGAAACGCUGGCGUAAACGAGGCGAUUCUAAGAGUCACGGGGGCUGGUAUUCUGCCGCAGCCCGUACUACUACAGGCUCUGAAGGACUCGUUUUUCGAGCACGUCGUAUUUUACUACUACAUGGUCGAUCCCGGUGAUGUCGCUGGUCCAAAUGCGUCGGUGCUUCUCCAGCAAGCAGUAUGCUUAGCAGGUAGCCUAAUGCGACACGGGGAGGACAGCGUCGGUCUCGCGGCUUCGCAAUACGAGAAGGCCAAAACGCUGAUCCACACUGGCUUCGAGCCUGACCAGCUGACGAUGGACCAUGGUACUGGACAGGCAUGGCUUCGCGAAUGGCGCUUCAACUGGGUCUUCAGAAACAGUCAUCGUAUUCCAAUCGCCAGGGCGCUGGGUGCUUGCGGCGAAUAUUCUGGCACCUUCAGGUGA